CUCUGAAAAUGUGGUGUUUUGCUUCCUUUCAGAGAAGCAGAAGCAUUCAAGGAGCAAGGAAACGCGUACUAUGCCAAGAAAGAUUACAACGAAGCGUACAACUACUACACGAAAGCCAUAGAUACCUGUCCCAAUAAUGCCAGUUAUUAUGGGAACAGAGCUGCCACGCUCAUGAUGCUGGGGAGGUUCCGAGAAGCACUGGAGGAUGCUCAGCAGUCGGUCAGGUUGGACGACAGCUUUGUGCGGGGCCAUCUGCGGGAAGGGAAGUGCCACCUUUCCCUAGGGAAUGCCAUGGCUGCCAGUCGCUGCUUUCAACGAGUUUUAGAACUGGAUCAUAAGAAUACCCAGGCACAGCAGGAGCUGAAGAACGCCACGACCGUGCUUGAGUAUGAAAAAAUAGCCGAAGUGGAUUUUGAGAAACGGGAUUUCAGGAAGGUUGUGUUUUGCAUGGAUCGUGCUCUGGAGUUUGCUCCCGCGUGUCACCGGUUCAAAAUCCUCAAGGCCGAGUGUUUGGCGCUGCUGGGCCGGUACCCCGAGGCUCAGUCCGUGGCCAGUGAUAUCCUGCGGAUGGACUCGACGAACGCCGACGCGCUGUACGUGCGUGGGCUGUGCCUGUACUACGAGGACUGCAUCGAGAAGGCCGUGCAGUUCUUCGUGCAGGCCCUCAGGAUGGCCCCGGACCACGAGAAGGCCUGUCUUGCCUGCCGGAAUGCCAAAGCACUUAAAGCGAAGAAGGAAGACGGGAAUAAAGCAUUCAAGAAAGGCAACUACAAACUAGCAUAUGAACUGUACACAGAAGCACUAGGAAUAGACCCAAAUAAUAUCAAAACAAAUGCCAAACUCUACUGUAACAGGGGGACAGUUAAUUCAAAGCUUAGGAAACUUGAAGAAGCAAUCGACGACUGCACGAACGCGGUGAAGCUGGACGACACGUACAUCAAGGCCUACCUGAGGAGGGCACAGUGCUACAUGGACACAGAACAAUAUGAAGAUGCUGUAAGAGACUAUGAGAAGGUUUAUCAGACAGAGAAAACAAAAGAACACAAACAGCUCCUAAAGAACGCACAGGUGGAACUGAAAAAGAGCAAACGGAAAGACUACUACAAAAUCCUGGGGGUGGACAAAAAUGCCUCUGAAGAUGAGAUCAAGAAGGCUUACAGGAAACGAGCACUAAUGCACCAUCCAGAUCGACACAGUGGGGCAAGUGCAGAAGUACAGAAAGAAGAGGAGAAGAAAUUUAAGGAGGUUGGUGAAGCCUUUACAAUCCUGUCAGAUCCCAAGAAGAAGGCUCGCUACGACAGCGGGCAAGAUCUGGAAGAGGAUGGAUUGAACAUGGGAGACUUUGAUGCAAAUAACAUCUUCAAGGCCUUCUUCGGCGGGCCGGGAGGCUUCAGCUUCGAAGCUUCUGGUCCUGGAAAUUUCUUUUUCCAGUUUGGCUAAGAAGCAAACAAAACACAAAUAAAACCACACAUACCUGAUCUGCUUCUUUUAACCUCGAAUACGGACAGCCCCAGACUCCUCCUCCAUCACGUCUCGUUGUCCUUAGAGCAGUUUCAUUUCUGGGUUGGAGCCUCUGUUUGUGUGUUGUGUGCGUGAAGAGGAAACCAGCUCGGGAGGGGAAGGCUUGUGAAUUUUGUUUUACUGUUAACUUUAUUAAAAAAAAAAAAAAAAUAAAGCUUUGAAUCUUUUGGUCCCUCCAUGCUGGCCCAUGCUUUCAGCUGCUCCUGCCCCUCAGCACUGAGGAUUUCCUGGAAUUUUCCUGGAAUUUCCAUGUGUGAGAGGGUGAAGGAAUCUCCUGGUUUAUUUUGGUUGGCUCUGAAGCAGCAUGUCCAGGGUUUUGAGUAACUUGUAAGUUAUCUUAAUUUUUUGGAAAUAUUGCCAACACUCAAUCCAGUUUUAUACAAUCCCGUUUCACCUGCCAGCUGGAUUUUUGGCUCUUUUUGUUUCUUUUUUUUUCCCAUGGUUCUCCCAAGGUCCACUCGGGCAUUAACUUCAGUGAUAAUGUGUGAGCUUACAAUUCUGUAUCAGAGAAAUGCUGCUUUGAGUUUAAAGAGCAGCUUAUGUGAGAAUUCCCUGUGAUGCAGCUGGAAUUAAGGGCUUUGUGUUCCCAGGAUUGUCCUGUUUAAGGGAAUAUUGAAUUUGCUCUGGGCUGAAUUCCUUCACUGUACUUUUUUUAAUUAAUCCACUUGAAUAUUUCAUAUUUGUGCU